CAAAAACAAGGUCUGGCGGUGAGAGUUUGAGCUUGUGAUCAUGUCCGGCAGAGGGAAACAAGGCGGCAAAACCCGCGCUAAGGCCAAGACCCGCUCAUCCCGGGCUGGGCUGCAGUUCCCAGUUGGCCGAGUUCACCGCUUGCUGAGGAAAGGCAAUUAUGCCGAGCGGGUCGGGGCCGGAGCUCCGGUCUAUCUGGCCGCAGUACUCGAGUACCUGACCGCUGAGAUCCUGGAGUUGGCCGGGAACGCUGCCCGGGAUAACAAGAAGACCCGUAUCAUCCCCAGGCACCUGCAGCUCGCUGUGCGCAAUGAUGAGGAGCUGAACAAACUGCUCGGAGGGGUGACUAUCGCUCAGGGCGGGGUCCUGCCCAACAUCCAGUCCGUGCUGCUGCCCAAGAAAGCCGAGAGCUCCAAGGCGGCCAAGGGCAAGUAACGCUCCGAAACGCCGAGUAAAUCUCUAUAGAGAAACCCAAAGGCUCUUCUCAGAGCGCCCCCUCCGGCUCUAAAGGGCUGGGAUUCCCGGUAUUCCUGUAACCACAGUAACUAAAUGAGGGGUACAGGGAGGGAGCGAUACCGCUGCCCGUAAUGCAUCUCCUUCCCCCACCGCCGUGUCUCCUGCCGGGGAGGCGCCUGAGUGGGUUUCACUGAGACUCGGGGAUGGGAACGUGUUUUUAGGCUUAGUGUCUAUAGUUUCCGGCGGUUCUGUUGGACGGAACUUGCAAUAGCAGCCGAUAGAAACGAAAGAAACAUUCAGACUUAUCUGUAUCUUACUAUAUGUACAUACUUAUCGCCAAGAUCCAACGCUAUAUCCUGCCGUGUGGCGCAAUAUAGAAAUUAUCGCCUCCGGGAAUAGAAAGACCGCGGUAUUUUGGCGGCAGCAGGAACAAGAAAAAA